UUUCUCUGUGUGGAUUACCACUCACUUAACAACACUUAAACACUUUUUGAGAUACUGGAGAUGGCUUACCUUAAAACCUGCUCUUUGAGUGUCCUCAUACUCAUCGCCUUUCUCGUGGAGACCGGUGCAGUGCGUUGCUGUCUCAGAUACAGGAGACGGCCUCUAGACUGUCGAUAUCUGAAAGGCUUCGAUAUCCAGAAAAUGACUGGCAGCUGUGAUCUUGCAGCGAUCAUCUUCCAUACAAAGAAUGGAAAAUUAGUCUGCGCUGACCCAGAACAACAUUGGACGCAGGACAGAGUUGAGUGCCUACGGAUGAAGGCUGCGGAAGUGAAGACUGGUGGUUUUUAAAGCUUUAAGAAUGCCAAAAUGGAGAGGCUCUUCUGGAG